UAAAAUCCGUAUUUUAUGAACUCACCUAUGUUAAUCUUGUGGGAUUGGCAGAUAAGUGAGGAGGAAAUUACAUUCUUAACUGGAGGUGAUGAUCCUUAUGAUGACAGUGUGGUGUUGAAUAAACUUUUUCAUCCUAAUCUUAAGCUUCUAGUUGUAACUGAAGGAUCAAGUGGUUGUAGAUAUUACACUAAGGAAUUCAAGGGCAGAGUUGGUGGUGUCAAAGUCAAGUCUAUUGACACAACUGGUGCCGGUGAUGCCUUUGUAAGUGGUAUUCUCAGCAGCUUAGCUUCUGACCCAAGUCUACUAAAGGACGAGAAACGGUUAAGAGGAGCUUUACUGUUUGCUAAUGCCUGUGGUGCUCUAACUGUAACGGAGAGAGGUGCAAUUCCUGCACUGCCAACCAGAAAAACGGUUCUUGAGCUCCUAAGUCCAAUUGCUGGGUAAUUGUAUAGGCAGAAGAAAUCCCUAAUUUCUUGUACUUGUUGUAUUAAGUAAGCAUAUAUGCAGUUUGAGUUUCCCUGAAAAAAUUUACAAGGAGCAUUUUGCUUCCUUGUGUUCUUCACUUCAAUCCGAACAAAGAGGUAGUUUAUACGAACCCUGCCAUCUUACUCUGCAUCUUCAAAUGUUGUUGUAGAUGUUUAAAGAGUUAAAAAAUUUAAUGGCUCAAUCUUUGAGAUGUAACGGCUCUAUUCUUCA